GAUGCAUUCUGAUGGAAUUUAGGGGUAUAUUGCCCUAAAAGGUUAAUCGUCUUCCAGCUCCAGGCAAUCAUAGUCGGCGGCGAAGUCCCGGUACCCUAGAAAAGAGUUCUCUCAGUUCGCAACAGGUAAGAUCCUCUAUAGCCUAUUUAUUCUUCCCCGAGUACAAAGGUGAAAGUAAGAAGCUCUUCUUGGGGCCGCGAAGAUGUCAUCGUCGGGUCGAUCAACGGCCGUCGCAGCCGGAGAUUUACAGAUUGUUGCUGCGUCGGAGAGGCAGGUGGCUGCUCUACCUCCUCGUCCUCCGGCUUCUUCUUCCACAGCUCUAGUGGAAUACACGCCACCUGCAGCUAAUCCUGAAGAGGAGGAUCUUGAGAUCAAGCUCCGGCGUAUACUUGAAUGUGUGCCUGUACGGGUUAGCAAUACGUCUGGAAGUUCUGCUGGUUCUGGCUCCGGCGACUUUCAUCAGUAUCGGCAGAUGAGACGGAGAGAACAAGACAGACUUGCAAGGAUGGAUGUUGACUACCAGAGAAGGAAAGAAGUUGCUGAAUUCAACUUGAGAAGAGAAGAAAAAGUAAAAGCUGCGGAAGAGCGGACAGCAAAGAAACGUGCAAGGCGGCAGAAGAAAAAGCAGAGGAAGAAGGAGAAGAAGAGUAAUUCUGGUGCAGGUGGAGAAGAAACCCGUAGGGAAGAGUCGUCCGAUGAUGACGAAGCUGACUCCGACCACCACUAAGGAGGGAGAGGUGACUAGCUUCAAAUUUAUUGUGCACUGCCCUGAUGCAUGGAUCAGGAGCUAUAUAGUUCGAAAACUUGAGAUCAUCAUGUAACAUAAGUAACUUUAUGAACAGCUUUUUGAAAUCGAAAAUGUUUAACUCCGGUU